CCGGGGAGGAGCUGUUCCUACAGGAAGACAUGCCUGACAGCAGGUCACACUAUUCACACAGACGCUACGCACGUUAACAGUGUGUAUUAAUGACAAGCUGACCAGCUUUGCUCAGUUUUUUACUUUAUUUAUUGAACUAUAGUUCAGUCAUGUCGGGAGCGUUAGCCAGGCUGCUUUUCUACCCAACGUUAGCCUACAAUGUCGCCAUGGAGAAGGUGACGUCGAGACGGUGGUUUGACCGGGUGGACGAGACCGUGGUCCUCGGAGCGCUGCCGUUCAGAUCCAUCACCAAACAGCUGGUAGAAACAGAAAAUGUUCGAGGAGUUAUCACCAUGAACGAGGAUUAUGAGACAACAUAUUUCUGCAACUCAGCUGAGGAGUGGCAGUCAGCAGGGGUGGAGCAGCUGAGAUUGAGCACCGUUGACCUCACCGGCAUCCCAAGUCUGGAGAACUUGUGUCAGGGCGUGGAGUUCGCCCUGAAGCACCGAGAGCAGGGGAGCAGCGUGUACGUCCACUGCAAGGCCGGACGCUCACGCAGCGCCACCAUGGCUGCUGCGUACCUCAUCCGGUUACACUGCUGGACUCCAGAGGAAGCGUGUCAGAAGCUGGCGUCUGUCCGACCGCACAUCCUUGUGCGCUCCGCUCAGCUGGAGAUGCUAAGGAAAUACUACCAACAGGUGUGUGAACAGUCCAGCUGAGAGGACGGGACGCGCGUCGGACAUCAUUAUGAUCCGACAGCUGCUGCAAGACUGGACUCACAAUCCUCCGAAUCAAUACCCACUGAAGAAAAGUAUUGCUUUCAACUUUUUGAAUAUAAAUCUUGUGGGUUUUUACUGGGAAAUUAUGAAGUAACAAAAUAAGAAUGUACACAAUACAUCUGUAAGCACAAAUCGUUUUUUACAAGAAAUAUAAAGCAAUUUAUUUUUGUAUAACCACACAAAGCCUUUAUUUAAAUGUCCUGGCUACCUGGUUUCUUGCCUCUAGCUAAAACAUAUAUGCAUUUUUAUAUGGGGAAUUUAUGAAGCUUAGAAUUAUGUUAAAAGAACAAUUAACAUUUCCUUUAUAUAUCUGUCCGCCUCCUAUUACAGAAACAAAUAUUUUCAAACUUCUAGAACAAUAGAAUAUUGUUAGAUUGUGACUCUAUUAGGCUUAGUUGAGUUGUGUCCAUUUUGCAUGUGGAGGCCUGUGGUAGCUUUUACUUUUGUUUACUGAAAUGUUUUCUUUCAAUGUAUCAAAUCUUCAGUGACAGUGAUGUUAAAUAAAAUCUUUGUGAUAUGAGACAA